AUGAAUGUGGACCGGUUUGAAGCCACUGGCCGUCGGGGGGAGACCCUGACGAGUGGGGUGGCCCCCGCAGAAGAUGUGGUUCCGCUACGCUCUGCGGGUAGAGGUGCCAUUAUGGAGUCCCCGAAGAUGACCAAUAUCAGCCACUUUGCGAGACGCCAACCGUCCCUGGCUGAGAGCGAGACGUCAGAUGACUUUGCGGGUGGCGACUACUGGUCGGACAGCAGGAACAGUCUUCUCACGGCGAUGGAGAUAUUGGAUGGAUCGUUUGCGCAGGUGUCUUACAAGGAGUAUGCGAAUUACCUUGGGCACAAGGACAACUUCUCUGUGCUGACGCGGUUCAUCGACUUGCUGAAGCCGUUCCCCGUAUCAUUACUGUCCCUGCUGGUCAAGUUAUCGAGCAGUGUCUAUCUGAUAGCCGAAUCUCAGAACAUCGACAAGAUUCUGGAGGAGCUCAGCAGGCAGUGGGUGAUGGAGCACCCUGGCACUGUAUGGAAGCUGAACUACAAGUUGUGUCACAUCGUGCUGUUCUCAUUGCUGAUACUGAAUUCCGACUUGCACAAUGAGGAGACGAAGUCCGCGCAUACAAGGUUCUCGCAGGAGUCCUUCGUGCGGAAUACACUCUCCGCUCUCGAGUUGGAGUUGGGGAAGUCUGAAUUGGUACUGUCUGAUAUCCAGUCUGCAUUGACGCACGAGCUCGCGUCGUACUACGAGGCGUUGAAACAUAGUCCCCUGCCCGUGUUUAGAGGGCGACCCAAUGCAUCGUUAUCGCCUACAAGCACCGUGACAUCCCCGAAUAUAGGCCGUUCGAUUAACCAAUCGCGAACUGAGGACGGUUCCUCGCUGAGCAGGACGCACUCGAUGGCCCGAUCGUACUACUCAAUGUCGUCCUUGAACACGACAAUAAGGGACCGGCGGCAAACUGCAACCUGGAAGUCGCACAACGGGGUCGAUCUACCGCGGCUUUACCUACGGGAACCUUUUGACGAGGAGCAGAUCUCUUGGAGGAACCCGUUGUGGUGUAUGAACUUUGUCGUGCGGAUCAACGAGGGCGGGUACCGUCAGUUGAGGAAGUUCGAAGGUGGGGCAAGUGCAUACUCUAGGGAUUCCGUCGGGACCGCUGCGUCGAGUUCCUCGAGCAUCUCGUACAAGAGUUCGAAACGGUCGAGCAUAUUCCGCUGGUUGAAGAGGCCACUGUUACAGAAGAAGUCGAAGUCGCUGUUUGAGACGUCGCGGACGAGCAUGUCGUUUCUCGAACGUGAUUCGCAAUGGACUCGCGUGCGCGUGUGUAUCCAGGAGGGCCGCGUGUUUAUCCUCCGCGGGCGCGAAUCAGAUGAGUUCACGGGCGACGUCGAGUCCCUGAAGAAACUCUCUGACACAACAUACUUCGUGUACAGUCUGUUUGAGGCACAAGCACAACUGAUCCAGGAACAAGUGGUGAUAGGGGGACGCACGCGAGUCGGCGACACUCCGUACAAUUUCAAUCUGCUAUUCCCGGAGACUGCUGGUGGAGGGCAACUAGUGUUGCAAUUCCAAGCGGACGACGCUGACACGGCCACGAACUACGUGGACUGCAUAAACUUUUGGGCUGGCCGGCUCAGCUCCGUACCGACCACACAGUUCGAUAUAGUGUCGAAUGAGGAGUACGGGUGGAGUCACGGGGUCCUUGCACAAGGUGAUUCGUCAAGCCCCACCCCGCACAUCUCGCGGUGGCGCCCUCUGCUGACGAUCGACGCGUUUCAAGACGACGUGGAUUAUAUCCCUGAACCAUUGCCCUUACAAGAGCGUCUGCGAGAGAUCAGCGAGUUCAUAGGGCUACUGAGCAAAGCGAUCGACGAGCACAACGCAGUGAAGCCGCGGCUGAUCGACCGUUGGGGUCCCUCCUCGGGUGCCGCUUCGGACAACUCCACGUUCGAACUUGUCAUGGACAACUGGAACAGCAGGUACUUGUACCUGCACGGCCAGUACGAGAAGCGAGAGGUUUACUACAAAGCGCUAUCGCGGGCCGCUGCAAUACUAUCUACAUGA